UAUUCUGCCCUUACUGCAGAGAGGGCGCCAUGAGUGUGUUCGGCUGUUGGAUGUUUUGUUUCUUCUGUGUUUAAGUUUCAGAAAUACGGAGACAAUGAAUCGUGUAAAUCUAAAUGACUGCUAGAAAGGUUUUAGGUGUUCUAGGACUUUUGCGUUGGUACGUUCGGUAUCCCUGCACUUCCGCUAAGUAGCCAAGAUGGCGGCCGUUGACGGUUAGAACUGUCCGUUGACGAUUAAAAGUGUCCAUCGUUCCAAACGUUGUUGUUUAACCGUCCUGAGUGCAACGGUACUUAAUGUUUCCUUACCUUAUCAGUCUUACAUGCUCAAAAUAUCAACUGUGAAUAUGGGAGUACGCGAGUUGAGACGCAGCGCCGGACUCAAAGGAAAGUUUGGUGGCCAGAGGUCAAAUGUUAAUUUCACCGUGACUUCACAAGACAAGUUUUUGGAUUCAGAUGCUAACGAACUGCAAAUGGACACGCAGGCGGAGGAGAACACCAAAACGUUCGCGAAGGCGUCGUCGUUCUCCGCUGUGUGGCUGCAGAUUUGCGGGUCUGGAGGAUGAGGAGCGGCGGGGAUGCUGCUGCCUCUGCUCCGCCGAUCGCACACUCGGUUCCGCAGCCUGUCUGAAGGGAAACAGUCGCAGCCAUGGCCUCGGACAUCACCCCAGAGGCCAUUGGCUUCCUGUCGGCAGUGGGCGUCUUCAUCGUGGCGUUGGCCGUCCUCUUCCUCUUCAUCAACAAGAAGCUGUGUUUCUCACGUGUCGGCGGGCUGCCCUGUCUCGAGCAACAUGGCCGCCGGAAGAAAGGACGACAGGGAGUCCGCCAGGGGCUCGUUAACAGCUACGGUGACGACGACGAUGAUGGCAUCAGCUCCUCCGACAGCGAAGACGAGGUCCUGAAGCAGUUUGAGAUCUCCGUGUCGCGUUCACAGAGUUUUCGCACCGCGGCAGCGAACGCAGGUGAACAGCAGUCCCAGCACACUCAGCUAGCGUUGGGCCGACGGCAUAAAUUCACCCGACUGUCGGACCAGGAGGAGGGCAGCACUGAGCCGUCAGACUGUGAAGAAAUGGAGGCUCAGAGCCAGCAGGGUUUCCAGGACCCACUGUCUGCGGCGGUAGAAGAACGCGAGAGGGCGUCCGCUCAGUCUCUGGACAAACCCGCCGUGGUCGAGGCGUCAGGUGCCAGAGACAGCCCCACCCCCAGUAUGAACCGACAGGCUGCCGACGGCAGCGAGGACACGGAGAAGGCCGUGGAUCACGAUAAAAAUGACGCCACAGACAGCUCCUCCACCUGGAGCCCUGAGCAAGAGCAGCCUCCCCACAGUGAGAUCUCGUCUCAGCCGGUCACUUCCUCCCCACGACCACCCAUCUCCAAAUGUGGAGACCUGGUGCUCUCUCUGGAGUACCGCCCCGAUACGGAGAAGCUGCUGGUCUCUGUGAUCGCUGCCCGGGACGUCCCCGACAAGGCUCGCAGCGGGAUGGACUCCUGGCAGGUGCACAUGGUCCUGCUCCCCUCCAAAAAGCAACGGCACAAGACGUCGGUGCAGAAAGGCUCGCUGCCGCACUUCAACGAGACGUUUCGCUUCUCGCGCCUGGAGCCGUCGGACCUGCAGAUGUCGGCCAUCAGGUUCAGGCUGUAUGCGCUCGGAGGCAGGAUGUCCCGGGAGCGGAUGAUGGGGGAGAAGGUGCUGCGUUUAGGAGGACUGGACCCGGACGGAGGGACGAUGGAGACGACACUGCUUAUGGAGCCUCGCAGUAACCUCAAGAGUGUGGACUCCCAGCUGAGUCUGUCUGCUGUGUCUCAGAGCGACAGCGCCUCAUCCACCCAGUCUCUGACCCACGGCGGUGUCCCUGAGCUGCUGGUGGGUCUCACCUACAACGCCACGACAGGACGCAUGUCCGUGGAGCUCAUCAAGGGCAGCCACUUCAGAAACCUGGCCAUCAACAGACCACCAGACACCUAUGGUCGACUUACCCUGCUGAACUCGGUCGGUCAGGAGAUCUCUCGUUGUAAGACGUCGGUGCGUCGCGGCCAGCCCAACCCGGUCUACAAGGAGACCUUCGUCUUCCAGGUGGCGUUGUUCCAGCUGUCGGACGUCACGCUGCUGGUCUCCAUCUACAACCGGCGCAGCAUGAAGCGCAAAGAGAUGGUGGGCUGGAUCGCUCUGGGUCAGAACAGCAGCGGCGAGGAGGAGCAGCUGCACUGGCAGGACAUGAAGGAGAGUCGGGGACAGCAGGUCUGCCGCUGGCACGUCCUGCUGGAGGCGUAACGCUGCCUGCCGGACACGAUUUAGUUUCUUUUUAAGGUUGAAGGGAGUUUAUUCUUUAGUUAGAAAGUUGGAAAGUAUUAAGAGAGAAAAGACAGCCUUGAUUUUAUCUGCAGGCAGGAAGAUGCAUGUGGUUUCAGAGUCGAUGGAUUCAGCACAAUAUCCACUGUCGCCACAUCGGUCCAAACCUGGACAAACAUCAGACCUGGCUGGUUAUUUUGUGUGAACAAAUUCAUCUGCUCCCAGAGGCUGAUAGAAGUUCAAAAUAAAAACAGAAAAGAAUUGUGUAAAUAAAUUCAGAGAAAACUUUUGAGAAGGUCACAAGACCUCGAAUUUGGAUCCACUCGUGGUUUGUUCAUUUCUUUGUGUGAUCCACUAAAGUAACAGAUAAAGAUAAAUCAUUUUUUGUCAUGUAAACGUGACAGUGGUGCAGAAAUUAUUUUGACCUUCUCAGUAAAAAAAAACUUCUCAGAAAAUCCAUCGUCCUCAAAGAGGAGCUGAGAAUUUGUCCUUCCUCCUGCAGUGUUACGCUGUGUUAGAAAGUACAGGCCAAUUAGAGGUGUGUGUGUGUGUGUGUGUGAGACUUGUUAUUUCUAAAUCUUGCUGUGCUUUUGCUGGCUGCUGUAUUGAACUAACGCAGAGAGGAAACAGAAAGAUGCCACGUCCUGUAAAUCCAACAUCAAAAACAUUGACCGUUGCGUCCUCUUGGGAAAAUGCAGCAGGUUUGUCUCAAACUGUAAAACUCCUGCAGAAUGACUGGGUCUUUCUCACAUCAUAUGCAUCAGUUAGCAAAAGGCACAAUGCUUUAGGACUUUAUGAAGCUCUAUCUGUAAACAGCACACGUCUGCAAUUUAGGGAGAAAAAAUCUGAAUUUACAGGAAGUAUGAAGAGGACAGAUUUUGAUAGAUUAUUUUGGAAUAGUUUCUCUGCCAUCAGUAUGAAUGAAUCCCAUUUUCUCUCAUUUCAUCAUCUCACUGACAGCUGAUCAUUUGGUGUCAUGCUGAGUAGAUCUUGAUUUCUACUCCUUUGCAGACCAAGAAUGAACUUUUACACUCAGGCACUUAAUCUGAUACUCGAUAAAACCGUUUCCUCACCCGAUCAAAAGUUACCAGACCCCAAACCAGUGUCUUCAAAUGUCUUCUGGACCAGUACUCAACAGAACUGAGCAAAUCUUGAGAUUUUAGUGGCUUUUUCUAACGAUAAAAGACACAUCGUUGUGUUUUUCUAUAUUUCCUUUUUGUAAGAGAGAAGACUUAAGUUGAACAUUGAUCAGCGACAGACGAGUGGAUGAACUAAUGGUGAAGUCAGUAUUCUGGUUCACACUGAAGGAAAUACUGCAAAUAAGAAACAAACAUGAGCAGAAGUGGACGAUAUUUCAUGAUUCAAGUGGAAAGAGGAAAUUAUCUCGUUCACAUUCACCACUCAUUCAUAUUCUCCUGACACUCGUGCUACUACAGGCAGGAAGACCAGCAGCUGGAGACUCUUAACCCCAGUGUAAUGAGAGCCCCCCCCCCAACCCCCCUUAAAUCAUCAACACUGAAUUAUGUUAUUUGGCUGCGGCUCAGUCUCCUUCACAGGUCAAAGCUCAUUCCAACACCCAUCAACACUGAGCUGAAAAGAGGCUUAAAAUAUCUCAUUGCAGCUGUUAAUAACAUGCAAUGAAUUACCCUGGAAGUGUGUGUGUUUUUUCCCACACUCUCUCUGUGGUAAUUGGUAGUUAGAGCUGUAAAAUCGUACAGUGUGAUGACAGUAAUGCUCAUCCUCUUCCCGUCUGAGCAUCAUUGAGUCAUAAGGCAGCAGCUCAGCCCGGAGGGGGAUUUAUGUCUGUUACUGUAGCUCCAAAACCCUCAGGGGUCCACACACUGAGAGCAGAGACGAGAUGUUAAUUUGAGCGUUGGUUUUCUUCAGGCAGGUGAGAAAAAGCUGAACUGCAGCUCGGUUUGAAAACUCUGAUCGGAAGCAAGAAAUUACUUCAAAAUCAAAGUUGUAUGGGUGUCUGUAAUUACUCUUGCAAAGCCAAGCAUAACAAAUUAGUUGAGGUUGGAUGUUCAUAUUCAAAUUCUUCAUGUGAAUUAAAGGGUCAGUUCACCCACAUCACCCAAAAACACCCCUGAAGGCACUGAGAGUUUUCGGUCCUUUGGUUUUGGGAGACUUCCACUUCCAGCCCGAUACAAUGCCAGUUUUGUUUUUGCCUCUCAAAGCACUAGAAAAUAUUGUAUGUGUUAAAUACAGGAAACAAGCAGUGUGUCUCAUAUUUAAACUGCAGAUAUGUAAUGACGACUACUUCAGGUAUUAAUGAAGCGUGGGUGAAGAAUAGGAGUGCUGCAACAAUUAUUUUUGAUUGUAAAUAUUUUUAUUUUUGUACAUAAGCUUGUCAAUGACCAAAAUAAUGUCAUUUUAGUUAGCUUUAACAUUGUGAAUGGGAAAUUUUAACACCUUGUCAUUUUACCCAAGAUAAAACAACAGUUGAGUGUCUAUUAAGCUCCUGUUGCUACGCCUGGCAAGAUUUGCACAGAAAGGUCCUUCAUUUCAAACAGAAGUAUACAGUUAUACCAACUGAAAUGCAUGUUAAAAGACUGAGGCUAAACAAAUGUUCCCCCGUUUAAAUGUUUAUUUGAAGAAAAGUAUUUAACUUCUGUGUCUCUGUUUAGUUUCCAUAGUGUUUAUUGAUUAAACCAGCAGGAAUCUCCAGUAAUGAGGGAGAAGCAGAAGCACAAGUGGACUGACAGCUGUAGCUAGCUAGGAUGGCGAUUCCAUUAAGGUUUAAAAUGACCCUAAUAAACUCCAAUGUUUGCACAAAAAUGUGGGGAAGUUAGCUUCCACUGUAACAAUGUGACGGAGUGUGGCUGUAGAUAUACUGCACCCUGAAAAGUUCAUUUACAAAACAAUUUAAUAACAAGUUUUCACAGUAAAGAGUCGUCCAUGUAUCGAUCUCCACCCUGAUCUUGAUAAAUAAAUUGUAAUCAGAGUCAUGUGACGAGUUGAUUUGAUAUCAGCACUCCUAUUCUACAGGCUUCAAACGUGAGUGUGAAUAGUGACAUGACCUAUAUUUACUGCACAGACUGAUAUAUUUUAUGCAUGUCGAGUUGUUGUACAGAACCUAUAAUAUCUAUUCUAUAUUUUUUAAAAUAGUAAAUGUUCAAUGUUCUUAAAUAUUUCCCAGGAUUUCUAUUGUAGUUACACAUCUGCAUGCUCCGUUUGAGAUCAGGUCGUAUUACAGAUGUGAGACAAUCAGAUUGUGCUGCAGAUGUAAUACAGUUGUAAUACUCUGAUGAAGUGCCUGUAACAUUUCGAGAUGAAACAUAUCCACCGUGACAAAAAGAGACGAUCCCAGAAUUUGCAUGAAGCCUUCUCGUUGUUCCCUGUGAAUGCAGCUGUAGGACUGCAUGCAUGGAAGGUUUAUUCAGCCUGUCGAUCCUGGGCAGGCGUCCUGAUGUCAAGGCCUGGACCAGGGCUGAGGUCCAAGUCAGACCAGAUUCAGACAUGUCUGCAACAGGUCUACAGGGAGUCCAAACAGUCAAAACCAAGACCAGAGCAACUGAAAAACCACAUGUAGAACACAAAAUGUCCUAAAUUAUUAUUUUUUAAAUAUUACCAAAUGUAGGAAACUCACACUCGUGUUAAUGGGGCUGGAGUCUGGAGGCAGUUAGCUUAGCUUAGCAUAAAGCCUGGAAACCAGUGGUAACUGCUAGCCUGGCUCUGUGCAUAGUUCAAAAAUACACCUACAAAGCUCAGUAAUUAACAAGCUGCAUCUCAAUUGUUUGACAUGCGCACAAACAGAAAUGUAAAGGCUACAGUUUGUAGUUUUAGAUGUAGUUAUGUCGUGUAUUUACUUCUCAACAAACAACAGUUUAGCAUCUGCCCUGUACUUCUGUAUCACAUCACGUAACUCAAAAUAAAACCACAAAUGUUCAUCUUUACAUCAGUUUUUCUACAGGUUAAACAAACAAAAUAUAACUGUUUGUCUGGAAGUGUUGGAAGCUGUAUUUUUGAAUUCGGCUAGCUUUUUCCCUGUGUUUCCAGUCUUUGUGCUAAGCUAAGCUAAACACCUCCGGACCUCAGUUCUACAAAAAGGCAAAUGAGUAAAUUGGUCAAAAUGUCAAACUGCCCCUUUAAAUGUUCUAAUCCUCCAUCACACAGCAGACAUAGAGCCAAAGUGGGACCUCGUGAAUCUAAAUUUUGAACUGCAAUGAUACAAAAACAGAUAAAACACACUCCCUUUUUGUUACAGAAAAAAACUGAAAGCUGUUUCAUGUUUUAUUUUCUCAGACUUGAAGAUGUUGCUUUAUCGUUAUUGACACCUGAUCUUCCUGAAGGCCUGUUACAGAAGAGUUGAGUCUGUGACAUUGACUCUGCAGAGUCUGUAUAAACUACAGUAUAGACCUCAGAGACCAUAGACCUGCAGUCCUGGUCUGGGCUGUGCAUGCUGACCCCCCCACAGCAUUCACAAAGCACUUUUUGUACCAAGUUUUGUCGUUGCCAAUAAAACCCAGAAGAUCCCUGCUGUGGGAAAGUCUGUCUGCCAUCUGU